GCUCUUGUUCCGAACAGUUGGAUAUUUUACAAUUAUUCAAUUUCGAGUAGAAUUUAAAAUAAAAUAAAAAUGAUUUUAACUUUUCCGGUUUUUGUAUUUAACCUAACAGAAAUGACGAGUGAUCCAAUGUUUUUGACGUUUGUAACUGUGUACUUAUCGUUCUUUUUGGAUAAUGUUCUAUUGACAGUUAUUGUGCCAAUAAUUCCUGACUAUUUAUUUCAUAAUCAUCUUAAUAUAACUCCAAGUGGUGAAAUAACUUCUUUAAGCCCAUUGCAGCGUAAAUAUGAAGACUUAGAAAAAGAUAAUGGUCCUUUAGGUGCUCUCCUGGCAUCGAAAGCUUUUGUUCAAUUGAUUUGUACACCAUUUGUUGGUUAUGCCACCGCCAUCUUUGGAUAUCAUCGCCCUUUGUUAUUUGGCAGUGUUAAUAUGUUUUUUGCAACAUUACUUUUUGCUUUCGGGAGUAAUUAUUGGUCAUUAGUUCUUGCAAGAGCUUUACAUGGAUGUUCUUCGGCUGGUAUUGCCGUGAGUGGAAUGUCACUCCUUGCUGAUACUUUACCAAAAAGUGUUAGAGGUCGUCUUAUGCCCUUGGCUUUCGGUGGAAUAGCUCUGGGCGUACUAAUUGGCUACCCACUAGGGGGCGCUGCAUAUCAGUUGAUUGGAAAAGCUGCGCCAUUUUUACUUAUUGCUCUGUUAAUAUUUUUUAAUAUUUUUCUGCAAGUUUAUAAUCUAAAUAACAUCCAAGAGAGUUCUAACAUUGUUGAGAGAGAAACAGCAGAUUGGAUGUGUACUGGAUUAUUGGAGAACAAACACACUUUAUUGACUACUGGUGCCAUUUGUGUGUGUACGGCAACAAUGGCAAUACUGGAACCAUGUGUACCAAUGUGGUUGAUGGCUACAAUUGAUCCACCACCUUCAAGGUGGCAAUUGGGGGCUGUUUUUAUUCCGGAUAGUGUUGGAUAUUUUAUUGGAUCGCAUUUUACUGGAUUUCUUACAGUUUUACCAUGGCGUAUUGCUCUGGGUGCAAUGGUACUUACCGGUCUCUCAUCUUGUGCAAUUCCAUUAGCAACAUCAAUAACUGAUUUAACUCUACCGCAUUUUGGAUUAGGUCUUGGCGUCGGCGCACUAGAUGCUGCGUUAGUUCCACUUCUCGCUACAUUUGUUGAUUCUCGGAGUCACGCUCAUGCGCAUUAUGGCCCUGUGUAUGCUCUUCAACAAGCUGCAGUAUGUCUAGCUUAUUCUCUUGGCCCGCUACUUGGUGGCGCAGCUAUACAUCGAAUUGGAUUUCCGUGGUUAAUCAGGAUUGUAGGAUUGUUGAACGUUGUUUAUUGUCCUCUGCUCAUCGAAUUGGAUAAUGAAAAUAUUAAAGAAAAUAAUUUAAAUCGGCGGGGUACUUUACAAAGUUACUCGACAUUGGACGAUUCAACGUACUCAAUCGAGGAAAUUCCUAAGAAUGAAGUUAAAUCCAAGGAAAUUAAGUAAAAACAUUCUUUCUGAAAUUUACUUUAUACAAUUAUACAUAAUGGUAAUCGUUAUAAUGG